AUGGCUGCAGCCGUGUGGCUUCUGGCCUUCGUUGGGAUCGUCCUUUGUGCAUCUCCGUCGCUUAGUGUCAACACGGACGUGACCUUGACAGAGGUCAAGAUCCAUUCCGUGGACGCGGGAAGACUCUACCAAGGAAAGCGGAUCCAAGUUCUUUCCUCCUUCUCAAUCAACAACCUCGGUCCGAGUGUCAUUCCAAGAGGGACCCCCUCUAGCCCGAAUUUCGCCCUCAAACUCGCUGGUUCAGCUUUAAACCAGCUCGAAAAUGUCAUCGAAGAAAACAGAGUGAAUUUGGAAGCGGAUUUUACAAGAGAUCCGAAAAUUCAGUCAGCUGUGCAGGCCGCGGUUGGCGUGGGGGAGUCACUCGUGUUCGAAGACGUCGUGUUCUCGUUCGAAAUCUCGCGAGAGUCAUGUGACACGGUCGCGUACCUGUGCCUGUCGGUGGAGCUGCCGUCUGGAACACACGCGGACCCGUUGCCAGGCAACAAUGACGUGUGCGUGGAGAUCGGAGGAAGCUCAUUGGUUGAGAAGGAAUGCAACGAUCGUUGGAUGACAAACAGCAUCGACGUGAGCGUUCCGCGCAUGCUCGUACCGAACGGCGUUCUGCGUCUUGAUGACGUCAACAGCCUGCAGGUGUGGGGAGUGUUCGACCUGAAAGGUUCCGUGACCCUUGACCUUCGAAACGUCAGUUUCCAUGGAUACAUAACCACGGACAACACCCAAGUGGUGGCAGACAGGGGGAACUCUUAUAUGGUGAAGUUCACAUUUGAGACCACCAGUAGGGUGCUGGCAACAGGCCGUCACGUAAUAGACCUGAUCUCGCGAGACUUGACGCUGAACAUCAGCGAGACGGAUGUGACGUACUCCCUGUGCGGAAGUGACGACACGUACCUCCGUUUAACGGCUGACUACAAACUGUUUGGCCUGAGGGACGUCACAUUUGACCUUGGACCCAAGCAGACCAAGAUUUACCCCGACGUGGACACGACCUUGACCUUCGACCUCACCAUCGAGAACAACAGCCCUCGCGACCUUCCCGCCACGUUUCCCGGCAACGAGCACUUCCGAUUGGACGUUGCCAUGGUAGCACUGAUGAAUGACGGGAGACUCGUGGGCGGUGACGUGUCCGUGAUCAAAGACCUGAUUCUCCCAAACGAAGCGUAUGACGCAAUCCCAGCAGGCACCGCGCUACAUCUGACAGGAGUGGAAGCUACCAUUGACGGGGGUGUUCUGACUAGUGGUUAUGUCUACACCAUGGGGUCCCGCCCCACCCACAUGCAGAUAGUGGUAUCGCCCACGGACGGGUCGGAGGAAAGUGUCUUCACCAGGGGAAACAACCUGGUGAAGGUACCCAUAAGCUACGGGGACGUCGCUAAAGGAAACCAGAUGGACCUUGCAGGAGAGUCGGUUACCUUCAGCACAGAGAGGAUCGUGUGUGGACAGGAGCCGUUGGACAUUACGGCAGCCGUGUCGGUAACCGUGGGGAGUUAUCUCAGCACCGCCGUCCGGGCUACGGACUACACAGCCACUCUGUACUGGUCACUGGAUAGGGUCUGGGAUCCACUGGAUGAGCAGGUACAGGAUCGAGCCAGUAAAGGUAUCCGGUUCGAGGGAAGAGGCUCCUCCACCAACCCAGGCCAGACACAAACCCACACGAUCCGGGCACGUGGAGUGGUCCUCCACAGACCAGCUCAAACCUCCUGGUACUGUGGAACUGUGUUCGCGAUACUGUAUGUGGACUCUGGGUCAAGGUUCACUGAACCUCUGGAGUAUAACAACUUCCUCGUGUCCAGGGUUACACUGCUGUGUAACGCAGAGGAUGACCUGUACGGGCUGACAAACUUCCGGCUGGAGACAGGCAACGCGAAGCUGUGGCCCGGAGCGGAGACCGCCGUGACGGUGUCAGCCACCCUCGCAUGCACGCGCCGCUCCUGCGCGCUCCCACUCUCCGACCAGUCACACACCAACUAUGAGCUCACUCUCGCCAUGGCACAGGACGGACAGGGAACCAACUCCGUCGACGUCAUGACCAUAAAUGGCGCGUUCGUUGCCACGGCAACGGGCGAAGUCCGCCCAAGUCUACAGCACGGGUUCAACCAGUCGUCGUGGGUGGAUCUCGUGGUUACCGGGCGGUUCACGGUGCCGAUGGAUUGCGAGAGAAGGACGUACGUCACCCUGGCGGUCUCGCCCGGAACUGCAGCUGGACUCCCGGUGGAUGGAUAUCCCGAGAACGACCGCAAUGUGGUCCAACUGGGGAAUGUUGAGGAAUACUGCUCCCAAGGGCAAAUUGACCAAAUUGACGUGAAGAUCACGGAGUUCUCAGUCAGCACCGACGACAAACUGAUCAUCGACCAGCCCACGCCGUUUGUGCUCCGCGGAGAGAUCACCGUCCAGGGCGUCGCCACGGUUACGCCCUCCGACCUCCCCAUCUUCGACUUCCGCUUCUACCUGUCCCACGAUGCCGAGCUGGAUGUGACCUCUGACCCGGAAGUGGUUUAUGACUACACGGCACAACAGAUGGCUGUCAUGACCAGGCAGUAUGAAACUGGUUCCCACUCCUUCGCACUUUCUGAUGUUCUGAGGGUUGACAACGGCACCUACGCUGAGUUCUACGGCGCCGGCCCGACCUACCUCGGGGUUCGACUGGACGCCUUUGACCCUGACCCAACCAAUGACGUCAUCGGAGCCAUCGACGAAUCAUCAGAGACCAACAAUGACCUCAUCAUCCCCAUAUUUGUCCAUCACCCGAAAGAUUUUGCUGUGAUGGCCUUCUCAAUCGAACUCGACCCACGAUCGCCGCUUGAGAAGCUGUAUGAAAACACGCCGACAACUCUGAUCAUCGACGUUUCGCUCCAGAACCUCGGAGAGGAGCUUCCUCCAGACGACAUCACCUUCAAAAUCCUGCUGAACACGCAGAACUCACUAGAGGGCGCUUUUGACACAGGAGCUGAGAUGUACUAUGGAACCCAACAAGCCAAACUUCGCGGAGCCGUUCCAGCAUUCCCAUACACACUUAACGUCAUUGGAAUUCGCGCCACCUUUAAAGUCCCAAUAGGAAUGUGUCCUGUGCUGAGGUAUGUUUGCAUCACCCAUGCGAUCGGGGAAAUCGCAGUUUACGGAGACACCAACUCCGAGAACGACUUCUCCUGCAUAGACGUUACAGCAGGGAACGUGAAGAAGGACUGCACUAAAGGCCUGACCUUGACCGACCUGACCAUCUCACCGGGACAACUGUUCGCCAACCAGGACACGGACAUGACCUUUGACCUGUUGCUUAGCAACACGGGAGCACGCGUGCCUGCAAUAACAUCUAUGAGAAGAACCCUGUUCGAUCUGAGACUUUACGUGAACGUCGAGCCAUCGCUACGGAACGCUGUCGUCAUGGAAACGGUUCUAUGGAACUUCGGUUCCGAGGAAGCCAAACUGCGGUGGGAGAUCGCGGCCAAACCCGGAACCGUGACGAUGCAGGGUCUCACGGCGCAGUUUCGGUUCGACGACGCCAUGUGUGCGACAUACAGCUACAUCUGCGUAGAGUACGUCCCGAAUAUCCCCGACGACGACCUUGCGGACAAUUUUCAAUGUCGCAGCCUGAUUUCUGGGACCUUCCAGAAGGAGUGUGACCUUGGGUUGUACAUCUCCCACUUUUCCUACGACUUCGACCCACCGGUUCUGUACGUCGACGAGGACAUUCGACUGACCUUCAACAUGUCCGUGUCCAAUCGCGGCCCGAGAAUCAUCGCCGCCGGCAACCAGCCACAGUUUGACUUCAGCCUCCUGUUCAGCGCGACCGACUCUGCCGACGAUGGCCAGCCUGCCGACAGCGCCACCUUCCAGUUUCCCCCGGAAGCGCAGGCCCUGCUUGCAGGAGACAUCCCGGCCACCCCAGGCUCCAUUGAUCUGCGUGGUGUGACCACAGUCUUCACACUGAAGCCGGAAGACUGUAGGAGGGUGUUGUACAUCUGUGUGAGGAUCAGUCCAGCUAAUGGAUCUGCAGUGCCGCCUGAUGUGGGGAUAACGGACCAGGAUAGGUGCAUGCAUGUGGUCAACGGAGAGGUCCACACCCGAUGUCCUAAAGGUCUCGGCAUCACCGCCCUGACUGCUGAGUUCACCCUCGAGUCCGUUGCUCAGCGUAUCCUGGAGGAAACCAUGACAACCUUGUCAAUCAACUUCACCAUGUCGAACUACGGCGGUCCGAUCCGCGCUCGAACGUCCGGUCGCAACAUCGAGUUCGAAAUGUACCUGAAGAACACAGACGAUUCGUUCAACAAGCUGGACACAGUGUUCACUUAUGGGGAAGAAGAAACCAAGUUGUCAGGCCUGAUACCACCCUGGACAUUUGAAGCGGAGGGCAACGUGGAAUUCUACAACGUUUUUAUAGAUUUCACAGUACCGAAUGACGCGUGUGCGCCAGCUACUGCGCUCUGCCUGAAGUACCUCGAUGUGAACUUUGACUCUUUCCUGUUCCAGACUUUUACUUUUCCCGUUCCAGGUUUGUCGGUUCCAUCCUUCUCCUACUCGAUCGACCGGUCCCGGACCAGUCUGCCUGUCCUGUACGGCGGAGUCGACACGCCGGUAACCUUCAACACGACCGUACGGAAUGACGGAGGACCACCCAUACCGUCUGACAGCCGGCCCAACUUCCAACUGCAGCUGUACUUAGCCCAGCAACCUGCUUUGCCUACCUCACCAUUUGCAGAUUUAACCCCGAUCAACAUCACCUAUGGCAACCAGGAGGCCGUCCUGACCAAUCAGAUCGCUGCGGACGGCGGUCAUGUGACCUUCACGUCACUCCAGGCCGUGGUGAGGAUCCCCGUCCCAGCAUGCAGUGCGCUGGAGUACCUGUGCGUGGCGUACGUUGCCAUGGAAACGCGCCGUAUCCGUGACGACGACCCAAACAACGACUUCCACUGCCAGAGGAUGCAGAAGGACUGCUCUUUUGACCUGCAGGUGAAGUCUUUAUCAGCACGACUUUCCCCAACGUUCCGUUUCGACCGUCUCGUCCCAAACCUCGACGUUCCCCUGGUCUUCAACGUGACCUUGAAGAACAACUGGUCCACCAUUCCUGCUGCUCCCCAAGGUCAGACCAACAUCCAGUUCCAGUUGUGGUCGGCGAGCGACCUUGAGGCCGGCCCGAGCCAGAUCGUCACGACAACGUUCACCAUGGCGGACGUAUAUGCCCGGAAACUCUCGGCAGAAAUCUACGGCGCAGGGACGGAGGUGCAGUUCCAGGACAUCCGCACGGUGGCGCUCCUGUCCACAGACACGUGUGAGACGUCAGGGUUUCUGUGCAUCAUGUACACCCGGUCACGUGACAUGGAGUUCGUGGACGAUAGGGCCGAGAAUGAUGACGGAUGCGUUCCCAUGACGUUGGGGAACAUACGGGCUCUCUGUGACCCUUUCUGCCAGGCCCCACCAGCACCCCCGCAGGGGUCAGUGACCCUGAGUGACCCCACCAUGUUCUACCAGUCCACGGCCACCUACAGCUGCGACUCGGGACACCUACUGGUGGGGAACGGUACUGCAACCUGCCUGGGCGCCGGGGUCUGGAGCACAGGACAGCCUGAGUGCCAACUUGUUGACUGCGGUCCGCCUAACGUUAUGAUCGCUCAUGGAGACCUGGUCCUGAACAGCACUCGGUACCAGGCCGUCACGCGUUUCCGCUGUCACCAUGGUUACAGACUGAGCUCAGACGCCACACUCACCUGUGGCCCUACCAAACAGUGGAUAGGAGAACUCCCCACGUGUAUAGAUUAUGAUGCAUGUCUGAGCUCCCCCUGCUUCCCAGGCGUCAGGUGUGUGGACGUGCCUGCACCUGACACAGGUUUCACCUGCGGCACCUGUCCACCUGGCUACAGCGGGGACGGACUCAACUGCACAGAUAACAAUGAGUGUGAGAGCCCAGUGCAGAACACCUGUGAACAGAUCUGUGUGAACACAGAGCCAGGCUUCUACUGUGCAUGUCCGGAUGGGUACAGACUUAACGAUGACCAGGAGACCUGCAUGGCCUAUGCAGACUGCCCCAUUGGCCAUCGCUGCUCCCACUCCUGUGCAAUGAUUGCUGGGAAACAAGUGUGCUCCUGCCCUGCUGGUUUCACCCUGGUGCAGAACACCACCUGUGUCGACAUCGACGACUGCGCCACACCUGCCCGUUGCCGUGACAACACCACCUGUCUGAACCUGAACGGCAGCUUCGCCUGCAGGUGUGAUGAGUUCACUGUGCUGGACUCUGACGGACUCGGAUGCUCGGACCUUGAUGAGUGCCAGAGCCCGACCUUGAACACCUGUGACCAGGUGUGUGUGAACUCUGACCCCGGCUUCAGGUGCACCUGUCAGGACGGCUUCAUUCUCGCUCAGGACGGCUUCACCUGCUUAGCCAAUUCUACCUGCCCAGAGGACCACCCCUGCUCACAUGCCUGUACCCUUGUCAAUGACACAGCCGUCUGCGCCUGUCCUACUGGCAUGAGGAUGGGACCAGGAGGGCGGAGAUGUGAAGACAUAGAUGAGUGUUCAGAGUUCCCAGAUAUCUGCAGAGAAGACGCUGUCUGUGAGAACGCUGUGGGAGGGUUCCGCUGUACCUGUCCGUCAGGGGAGCCUGGGCUGGACGGACUGUCUUGCGGAGGUGAUGAUGAGAACCAUUCUAUCCAGGUGUUCAUCAUUGAUCUGCCCAUCAACAAGUGGGAAGGUCUGAAGGACAGUUUUAACUUUGCCAUAGCGGAUGCCGUGAAUGACUACUGUAACACUGAGGAGGGGUUCGCUGAAUGCUGCCCCUACUCUGGAGAGUGGCGAGAGUUGCACAGCUAUACAUCACAAGGAAACGUGGGCAUGCUGGAAGGUUAUCCUAAGGUCGAGACGGAAUCUGAAGAUGUUGAAGUGAGAAUCUUCAUACAGAAUGACUUUGGACCCAACAACCUGUGUAAGACCGGUAGUGGCAACAGAGUUAUCCGUAGUCUCACUGGAGACCAGAUCUCAGCUGCCAAGGGACAGGUGCUGAGGAAGAUCAGAGCAGCGCCAGAGGACCCAGCCCAGGCUCCGCGGUACCUUCCUCAGUUCAGUCUGGCUGUGGCCGUGUGGGAUGGGCAGGAGGAUAUAAAUGCGAGACUAGGCUACAGGAUCCGUGGCGGGGAGGGAACGUCGAGCGCUCAGACGGCUGAAGCGGCAACCACCCUGGCCUCCUGGGUCAUCACGAUUAUCUUCUUCUCCGUCAUCCUGACCAUCAUGCUGCUCUGCUUCCUGGCUGUGCUCGUCAUGAAGAAGAAAAAUGAGAGAAGUAAUCAGGUGACUCCUGCAGGCAGCCAGGACGAUUUACAGGCACAUGACUUGGCCGGACCGGCCAACCCCGGGCGCAGCUCCAGCAGGACCAGACUUCUGGGAUCUCAGGGCAGCCUGGAGAGUGGAGAGAGUGGCCAGAGCUCCAUGGAGAUGAACGAGUCGGGUGCUUCUGACGCUUACGAUGAGGACAGCCGGGCAUCAGGAAAGGAGAACCUGACUCCCCAGGAGCGCGCCCGUCUGGACAGGAAGGAGCUUCGCGAGCACGAGCGGAACCAGAUCUUUGCCAAGUACAGCAGCGCCUCACAGCAGUCCGGGUCGGAACUGCAGGAGCCGCCUGCAGCACAGCGUAGCAGCGCCUCCCAGCGUGCGGGAUCGGCAGUACAGGGACGGAGGCUUCCACCACUCAGGCUGGACACAGUCAUCAGAGAGGUGGUGGAAGAAGAGGAAGAAGAAGAGGAGGAAGACGUUUCUCCGAGGCUCCGCAAACGUCUCAGGUCUGCCAAGGAGCCGGCCCGAACCAACCGGGACCUGAGGACCUCACCAGCCUUACCUGGGAUCGAGCAGUACAUGUCUGGGAACGAGAGCAACUGUUAAUUAGAAGAUAAAGAGAUAAUUAAUAAGAUUAUUAAACCUAGGUGUUGUUUAAAGUUAAGACUUUUGGUCCAACACAAAGAAUUCUCUCACCUAGCGCAGGAUCGCCGAACUAGGAUCCCGCGCUAGGUGAGAGAAGUUUUUGUGUUGGACCAAAAAUCUUAACUUUAAACAUGUAACUACCAACACAGACGACCUUUCAUGAUAGUAUAAGCCUAGGUGUUGUUUCUUUGCUUCUUUAUUUGUAUCAUGUGUACCAUGUGUGUGCAAAAUAUGUGUAUUAUAUAACAGAUUUAUAACGACAACAAAAAGGACAGAAUAAGGAUAACUAAUUAAAAUUAGGGCAACUUUGCUCCUUGAAUAGAACUGAACCCUUUAUGUAAAUACUGUUUGCUAUGAUUACAGCAUGAUAGAUUUGAUUUCAAAGAUCUAUGUACAUUUUACUCUUAGGCCACAGCAAUUUAAGUUGUUUAGAGAGAGAGGGAGACAGAGAGAGAGAGUGAAAGAGACAUAUACUGUAUAUGACAGUAUGUGUGUGUGUGUAUAUAUAUAUAUAUUAUAUAGUUGGCUUGACGAAAGCUAUAGUUGAGUACGCAUCUAUCUAAAUAUAUAUGUGUGUGUGUGUAUAGUUGGAUUGAAAACUUUGUUUAAUUGAGUACCUUUGUUUAAUUGCAUACCUUUUCUUCUUGCAAAGUAUUUCAUGUUCAUCCGAAUCAAUUCAAGAUUGUGAAGUUGUCACCUUACUUUAUUUACUAAUAAAUGUAUGUAUAAACUCUGAUGUAAAAUACUUUUUGACGUGGAUGGAUGAAAUGAUUCUAAUGUACAUUUAUCAAUAAAUGAUUGUGAUUGCAGAAAAGUAUUAUGUUGUUUAGACAAGUCAAUUCUCAUUGUAAGUGUGUGUGAAACCUCGGAAACAAGUAACCAAAAAAAGGAUUUAACCAAUCUUAUCUAUUCACAUAUAUUUAUUGAGCUACUCAUGUCCAAAGAAGCGGAAUAAGAUGGAUUUUCCUCGUUUUUGGAUUCGGUUGCAGAAACAAAACAGGCCUGAUAUGCUGCCUUAAUAAGCACCUUUUUGCUGUCAGUUCGUGAGAUUUAGCUUUAGGACAUCUCAUUAUUACCCCUUCGUGCACCCGAAAACCUGAUGCGAUGCUACGUACACGAAUCAGCGUUUUUCUGUGAUUUUUCGUCGUCCACAAGCCCAUUAUAUCAUUAGCAAAGCUAUUUUCCACUAAUUACGUAUAAUUACCAGUUGGCUUAACAUUAAUCACUUCGAUAUAAGGCCUGUCACUGCCCUACAGUCUUUUCUUGACACAGAUUCCAAAAUAAAGGACACAAAGCCAGGCAUUUUAACCGAUCACCUCUUUUAUUACCAUUAUUAGUAUUCGUGAAUCAAGUUUGAACUGCAGUUUCCAACACAAGAAACUGGACCAAGUUUUGGACAGUCUUGGUGAUUUCUGUAAGUUUGGACUCGACAAAAUCAAGUAAGUAAGCAAAGAACCCCAGUCUUUUUCAAUUAAUGAGCAGUGAAAAUUUUGGGUACGUCCAAUUUCUUCUGUUAAAAUUGCAGUUCUUCACUCUAAAAUCCACCAAACAUCUGAAAUUUCAAACUUCCCUGUGUUUGCCCCUUUCUUUAUUAGUUUGUGUUGCGUUUUGUGUGUAAAACGUAUUGUGUGUGUGUGUGUAUGUGUGUGUGUGUUUUUAUGUAUGUGUGUGUGUUUGUGUGGUGUAUGUAUGUGUGUGUGUCCAUGUGUGCACCUGAUCUCCUUAUACUAAUGUUUAAACCAAUACAAAACUAGUUGCAAAAAAGAUUGCAGGGUUGAGUAGUGUUCGAUCUACACCUUUCGCAGAAGAGUAGGGACAUGCCCCGGUGUGCGAUGGUCCAAAAGCUACUAUCUGUAAGUUGGUGAUUCAUUACAAAUUACCCGGAUGGAGGCCUGGCGAACACAAAGUGAUUUACAU